AUGAGCCUGGUGGGCGCCGGGGGCCCCCCGAGCAGCCCCAGCCUGGACACGUCGAAGGAGUCCAAAUCAGGAGAGGCCAGUGCAACCGUGUCCAGCAGCAGUGCUGAGAGCAGCUCGGACAGUGAAUCAGAGUCAGAUAAUGAGGAACCCAAAGCAGAGAGACCGACCGAGGACCUGGGGCAGCCAUCCACGGAGCAGGUCCCCACGCAGGAGUCCCAGAGGAUCCGGCCGGGCUGCGAGCACUGUAAUGCGGACAUUAAACUCAGCGAGCAAGUGACGCCCAGGCUGCUGUGCAAGGGGCAGUUUCUGCUGAAAGUGGACGGGGAGGGCACCUACCAGUGCACGGAGACCGGCCUCAUCUUCGAGGUCACCCGGAAGGUGGACAUCAAGUAUUGCGUCCUGUCAUGGAGCAAGUUCGCAGAUCUGGUGGAGAAGCCCUGGUUGGUCGGCGGGCCCCUGUUCGACGUGAAGUGCGAGCCCGGAGGCCUCAGCUCCAUCCAGUUCCCGCACUCCCUGUGUCUGGGGCAUCAUGACACGGACAUGACCUUCCGGGUGUUCCAUGUGAAGAGCUCCGGGGCGUCCCUGGAACACGCCGUGGACCACUCAGGCACGCACGUGACGUGGCGUGUCAGCUCUCUGUCCCCCGUGGGGCCCGUCAUCCAGAGUGAGGACGCCGUCUCCCACCACGGGGCCGUGAUCCUCUACAAAGCCAUCGACCAGAACCCGUCCUUGUCCUUUCGGGUCUACAUCGCCACCAACAACGAGUCUUUCAUCAAGGAUAUCUCCAAGUCGGUCAAGCAUUCCUCGAAGAAGUUCGUGAAGAUCGACAAGCCCCCGGUGUGUCAGAAGAAGCUGCAGAACGGCAAGAAGUACAGACUCAUCAGCGAGCCCGAAGCGGAGAUCACGCCCGAGGAAAUUGAAUUUGUGGACGGCUCGCUUUUAAAAUUGAAGAGUUACAUCGAGGUGUAUCUGGAGCAGCCGGUGGAAUUCAAACUGCUGUUGGUGGAAAUGGAUUCCGAGGAGAUCGUGUGGAAGGCGAAGCUGAGGGAGUGUGACUGGACCCAGCAGGAUCAGAACCGGAACACCCCAAAAAGCGGCCUGAGCGGGCCCCGGCGCCGGAAGGGGAGCCUAAGUCUGCCUGAAGAGGGCGCCUACGAGAAGCGGAUGCGGCAAGGUGACCCCCCAGAGGGAGCCAAGGCCAGGACCCCGCUCACGGACGCACAGCUCAUCACGCUGGCCGGGCGCCUGGGCCCCGACUGGGUCAAGGUUGCCGUGGCCAACCUGGAGCUGGACAUGAGCACCAUCGACGCCAUCCUGGAGAAGAAGGAGGACGUGACCAUCUGCAAGUUCAGAAUGCUCAAGAAGUGGCAGGAGAAGGCGCAGGCCCACGCCACUGCCCAGAACCUGUACAGCCUCCUCAAGGCCGUGGUCUCUGCAGAGGCCCAGGAAGUGCUCGCAGGUUUCUUACAGGAAACGUGAAGUCUGCACGGAGGUCCUGAGCAUGGUGGACGGAGGAGCCCGUGGACGGGUGGACGGGUCCCGCCGACUCCUGCCUCACAGGCUGGGGCGAGGUCUUGGAAGGCAGGUGGGGACGUUUAGGAAGGGGGAGCCCGUCCCUCUAGCACCCCACCCUGUGAGUGAGGAAUCACGUGAGCCCUGCAGCCUACAGUGCACACCAAGUGCUGGAACAUUCUUAGCACGGAAUGGUGCUGUCCUUCAACCUGCUCCCCGUUUCCACACCGACGGAGGCCACGCGCCUAGCUGUCGGCUCAGGCAUCCUGCAGCAUGAACCACUUCAGGCCCUGUGUUCUGGGCCAUCCUGGGCCAGGCCUUGGCCCCUUGCACCUAGCCCUGCUCCCUGGCCUGGAGAUCGGGACCCAUCAGAGCCCUCCCCAGCACCUGCACCCCAGCCCAGGGUCCCCGGAGCCCCUUUGGUCCCGGGCUGCUGGCCAGACACUACGUUUGUUAACUUGGACCCUGGGAUCCUGUACUGGGCUGGGGGCUGCUUAGAAAUAGGCCUGGCGGGACCCCCUUCUUCCUGGAGAAGACACACGGCACUUGGCCACAUUGGCUCUGGGGAACGGGGAAUUUUUUUUUUUUUUUAAAUCUUGUCUAUGUAUUGUCGCUCCCUGAGAAUCAUGUCUGUGGUGAUUAACGCUUUGGGGAUGUUUUAAUUUAUUUGAAGAAACCAGGCGUGACCCCCGUCUGCAUGGACCUAGCUGAAAACCUCAAUGAAUUCACCAGAGAAACGCUUGGGCUGGGGUGUCGCCCGCCAGGACCAGGUUCACGUUGCCGGGACAAGUCUGUUCUUCAGGGCCAGGGGGACUCCCGUCGGUGUUCGUCUCCCAGAUCGUGACUUGUGCUGGGUUGGGCACUUGUGGGCGGUGCCCUCUGUCCAGCCAGGGCGUGUCCCGCGACCUGGCCAUCGUGAAGUCUGUUGUGCUGUUCUCCGGGGAGCAACGUCCAGCCCCAGGACUAUGUCCGGCUGGU